GCAACACGGAUACGCAUGGAGCCUCCAUCACCUCCAGUCUCAUUUACGCACCGAGUCCGAUAAUGCGCGCAGGUACAGGGAUCCUAACCGCCACAUUUCCAGCCGCCACACUGAGCAAUUAAUCUCCUCUUACGGACUAAUAUGAAAGAAGUGGAUGUAGAGGUCUGACACUGCCAAGAAAGGAGGCAUAUUUCUUGUGGAUCGUUCUUGUUUUCCAUCACCGAGCGUCAGCAUGGAUGUCUUGGCGAACCACAGUAUCUUUCAGGAACUUCAGCUCGUCCACGACACCGGCUACUUCUCUGCCAUGCCUUCGCUGGAAGAAAACUGGCAGCAGACAUGCCUAGAGUUGGAGCGCUAUCUGCAGACAGAGCCCAAACGUUUGUCUGAACUCUUUGACCAAGACCUUGAUGGUCUCCUUACCCCAGCCUAUUUAAAAGAAGACGGCGAGGAGGAGCUGACAGAUGCUCUGCUCCCCAGCCUGCCCAGCCUCCCUGCGCCUCCGAGCCCACCUCCAGUGAUCCUCUGCCCAACGCGGAAGAACUUCCCCUCCACUGGUGCAAUGAAAAGGGACCUCAAACCCAAAAGCCAGGGGCUGGAAAAUGUAGAAGGGAUGGAGGGAGUCCACCAGGCUCAGCUGAGUGCCGUCACCUCCCUGACACCCCCGUCAUCGCCAGAGCUUGGCCGUCACCUCGUCAAACCCAACCAGACGCUGACGGCCUCGGCUGACGGGACACUCACCCUGAAGCUGGUGGCCAGGAAGGUGGGCCUUAGUGCGGCCCGGCUGGUGGCAGCACAUGCCCUCCCUGUCCGAAUGAAGGACGAAGAGGAGGGCGCUGCGUGUGUGAUCGGGGUUGGGGAGCUACCGGAGAACAAGAAGAGGAUUCACCGCUGUCAGUUCAAUGGCUGCAGGAAGGUGUACACCAAGAGCUCCCACUUAAAGGCUCAUCAGAGGACACACACAGGUGAGAAACCGUACAAGUGCUCGUGGGAGGGCUGCGAGUGGCGAUUCGCCCGGAGCGACGAGCUGACGAGGCACUACCGCAAACACACCGGCGCCAAGCCUUUUAAGUGCAACCACUGUGACAGGUGUUUCUCGCGGUCGGAUCACUUGGCGCUACACAUGAAGAGGCACAUCUGAGGAAUUCAAGAGAGGUCACCGGGAGUGGAAGAGAGGGGAAGGGGAUGGAGGCGGAGUGGAGGAAGAAAACUGAAAAAUAACACUAUGGAUGUGAGAGAGAAAGAGAUAGAGGGAUGGACUCAAAAGAGACCAGAUUUCUGGACUGGAGGGAGAGGCAGCACACAGGGACGCUGACUACAGACAGAAAUACAGGCAGACAGACAGACAGGUCCUUAGUGGCUCUGUAAAUCUGUGCUCAACCAGUUGGUCCAUGAUUCCACUAUGACACAUCAUCACCUCGCAAAUGUCUCCCGUUGUUGUCGCGUGGACGAUACAGACGCUCCAACCCACCCUUCAUAUGUGUCUCAGAGGGGAUGUCGUGUGAUGAAUGGUGGACCACGUGCCUGUAGUUGGCAGCUCUUUGUUUAAGUCGUCUUUGCAGUCUUUGCUGUUGUCCCUCAGCUGAAACGCUUCCAAAACGUCAGCCCUGGUCAUGCAGCAGUGCUCCACGUGCCAGCGAGUACACCAACGCCAAACCAGACCAGUUGUACAGUAAUUUUAGUAUGCUAAGUGCAGAACUGCUGUUUGUAUAGUCAAGAUUUCCUCUUCUUAGAGCGUACCUUAAGCUGACGAGAACAGUUCAUUUCCAGUAGCUUAACAGCAUCAUCUCACAGGAUAAGCAAGCAAGAAAGCUGGCUUUCACUCCUUCAAACUCGCCACAAUUCACCAAAGGGUUUAUCAUCUUAUAUAUAGGACAGAUAAUAAUUUGACAGUUUUUCAUCUGACCUCUGUCGCAUCUGCCAACUGGAUCCAUUUAUAAAUCCUUCUGGUUCGAUGGCAUCGGAGCACAUGUUUGAACGGUGCAUUAGAUUGGAUUUCCUGAAGAUUUGAGGAUGGGAGUGUGUUGCACUCGUGCUGUGAAGAAUGAUUGAGGUCAUACAGGGGGCUGGCUUGCUUUAUGAACAUCAUCCAUUGAGGGUUACCACUGGAUGAGGCUAACUAAUCUACUCUGGGAAAAGACUCUUCAUCUCCUAGAAUGUCAGCUGAAACCAAGCGUCUCAAGAGAUGCUAGAUGGCUCCUUAGAGUGUUUUUCCUCUCCAGGAUCUCGGCUCUACUAAGUUGUUGCCAGAAACUGUUGCACAAUUGACUCUUCGCAAACUUUUUGUAAAAAUGCCCCAUUGUCUUGAACUGGGAGACAAUUUGGGACUCACCAAACGCUGGCUUUCACGUGCCGACGAACCGUGGACAGCCAAAUGCACAAGUUGAAGCAGCUAGCUGGCUGCUAUAGCACACUGAACGCAAACAAGAUCACUAUGUAUGUAAAGGCUAUAUUGUUUCUAAGAAAAAGAUUCUCCUAUUUGUUCAACAAAAACAAUUGAAAAGACCAUUUUGAAGAACACAUUGGAAAUGGAUGCAGCCAAAAAACAAAAAAACAAACAACACAAGUGUCUACUGUAGAUGCCUGAAAUGAUCUCUUUGGCCUUUGAGAGUGAUUGGCACCUAACUAGCCACUGGGUCGAGGAGGGUUUGUCCCGUUUGCACCACCCAUGCAGAACUCUUCCAAUUUAGCAGCUUUCAGACUUCAUUUCAGAGAAAAGCAGCACUCAUCAUCUCCUAAUCUGGCCCUAUGCAUAUCUAAAAAAGAACAUUCCUGCUGACUUCCUGACCGUACAUGUACUGUAUGUCUGAGUGCAGAUUUCUACCCUGCUGGACAUGAAAGGACUUGUAGGAAGACACACGACACAAAUUCAAUCAAUUGGGUGGCUCUUGUCAGAGCAAAUCAAUGUGAAUGUAUCUGUUCUAAGUCUGUACAUGUUGCUGGGCCCAUGAAAACACUUGGUGUGGUUGCUAAGAUCAUACCAGACACAAUUUGUUGUUCAUAGUUUCUCUUUUUCACAUUACAAAUGAACAGUUAGACUUGGAAUAACUAGGUAGCCACGGGUGAUAGCUCUACACAUUUUACUGGUCGUACUGGGAGGCCAUGAGUGCAGAUUUCCAGUGGGUGGCUGAAGUAGGUUAGGUGGGGAUGGAUCUGCUCAGUCAGCAAUGAUAACUGCCCCAUCAGCUCAUGAAACUGCAGUGGAGUGAAAUCCACAUGCACACAGAGACACAUAUAUGCACUGCUAAAAAACUGGAAUUAACAUUUGCCCUUGAUGAUCUGACUCUUGUCCGAUAGAACAAAGAUGAUAGAUAGAUAAAAUCCAGCUCUCUGCCACAUCACACUAAAAGUGUCAUGUGUUUAAUCCACAAAUGAAUUUUGGAUGAACGUCGGCUCAGCUCAAGCGCACACAAAUCAAGAAGGCAGCUUGGACAAAAGUAGAUUAUCAAGAUACUGAUGAACUUGAUUGGGAACAGCUACGUCAAGGUGUUCAUUCUUUAUUUUACAAGACUUUUAAUAGUUUGAGGCAAAGUGAAGCACACAGCACUCUGCCUCUUGGCAAGGGACACACAAAAUUGAUUUCACUCUGUAUACCAGAGGCGCAUUUCAAUUUUGGGUAUGAAUGCAGCCCAGCUCAAUCAUAUCUAGACAUGAUCUGUCUGCAGCUCUGGAAGUAGAUACUAAAUCAAUUCCUGCUUCACAUUAAUAGCAAACACUUUCUUUCUUAAUGUGAAAACAAGCCAGGCUCACUUUUACAUCAUGGUGACAGGCCUCUACAUGCAAAGAGAGGAGGGAGUGACCACAAUAGAAACCAACUGAUACAAGUUUUAACUGCUGGUUUAUUUUCAAGGAGACCAAAAAUUCUCAUUAUCCAUCCAGGCUGCACGCUAUCAAUGCUACCAGUCAUUACUGAAAGUCAUUCAGUGGAUAGUGACAAACAUUUAAAGGAGCUAUAUGUAUGUUUUUGCUACUAUUAUCUAGCCUAUGUUAGUCCAGAGGAAAUGAUGGGAGUUCAGCAUCAAACAUUUUGCCUCUAUUUCUAUCACAGUUAGCAUGCUAACCAGCUAGCUUCAAUGUGUCUUGUCACUUUCAGAUUCUAACCUUUUGUAUUGUAAAUGCAACAAUGGCUGAAGCUGUUGCCAGGCGACCAUCACCACCACCUCUCCCUGGAUACAGAAAACGUACAUAUAGCCCCUUCAAGACUGGGUUCAUACAUCCAGUUCAGAUGGGAAUGUCAGAGCAGGUUAGCAGGUUCAUGUUUUCCCUGCUCAGCCCGACUCUCAGUGAGGAAGAUAAAAUGAAGACUAGCAGUUUAACCCACGGGUUAAAAUUGUAUCAUCAAUGGCAGCUCUACUUGUGUGUUUCAGUAUUUCAACGGGACACUCUCCUGUUGAACUGAAUUGUUGCGAAUGUGGGAAUGUGCGGCUCUGGAUUGUUUUUUGUUUGUUUGCUUGUUUUCGUUCAUGUUCUGUACCAAUCAUAGAGGAUUUUGGACUGAAUGAAUGUUUUCAUGUUCAUUGAGACUUUGAGGAGCCAAGACAUGGAAAUUUCCCAUUUACAGGACAGUUUCAAAUUUGAUUCUGACUUCUUGGGACUUGACAUAAAUAAAAAUUGUCCCUAAAGUGUACACCGGGAGCUCAAAAACUGGGAUUUCAAAUGUGAAUGUGUUUUCUGGAAAGGCUGUUUCAUGUUGUCUCAGAGGAUGCGGUUCAGUUUUGUGUCAUCUUAAUGAAUGAUUGUCAAUUCUGCUGUGCCUGUGUGUUCUUCGUCUGUUUGUAUUUGCACUCUGAAUUUUUGGAAAAAUCACUUGCAUAUCUGAUGUUUUCUGUCCACUUGUACACUACACUUCACACACACGACGACCCUGGGUGAUGAAACACUGAUCACAAAGUCUGUAUAGUAGCUGUUUUUAGCACAAAUGUACACACUUGCAUUACACGUUACAUGGAUUCACACACAUUGCAGACGUUCAAACAUACCUACACACACUACAUGCAUGCAAACACUCCGCGGACACAGAUCCAUACAUACAAGCGCAUUCAAAACAUACAAGUACACACAAACACCUGAACAUACUCACACACACACACACACACACACACUUAUUCUCCGUUCUCCUUGUGUGUUUUUCACCGUUUUUCAUGCCACAUUGUGAGAGUCAGAGAUCCUGACUGCAGCCCUUGCUCUCAGCAGAGGGGGGUGGGGGGGAUUUGAGAUGGGGGGCAUGCAUUACUAUGUGUGACACCACCUCUGUUUCCACCAGGUCUGAAUUUCAAAUCAAACGCACCCCCUUUUUCUACCAGCAUUCCCUCAUCGCUUCCCCCUCCCUCUCUUCUCCCCCCCACACCUCCCCUCCCCCCACUUCCAUUUUCUCAGAUAUGAUCCCUUUCAACUUC